AUGGAAUCCCAAACUAGCCCGGCCAACAUGCCAGCUAAACCUAAUAACGCUCUUCACGGCAUUCGGCUGUGGGUCGUCAUUGGCGGCAUGAUGCUUGGAGUCUAUCUUGUAGGGCUAGACCUGACCAUGCUGUCGACAAUCGUGCCUCCGCUGACAGAUUACUUUGGUACCAUCAAUGACGUUUCCUGGUACGAGACGGCUUACGUGCUGGCCGUGUGUGUCUUCAUCCCGCUAGUAGGCAGGAUCUACACCAUCUUCCCAAACAAACCAGUUUACAUCUCCUUCCUGAUAAUCUUCGAGGUGGGCAGUAUAAUAUGUGCUGUAUCCACAUCAAGCCACAUGUUUAUCAUCGGCCGCGCUGUCAACGGCAUCGGAUCCGCCGGCCUUCUGAGCGGCGUCCUCCUCAUCAUCUUUGCAAUCUGCGCCCCUAGCAUCCGGCCCGUCGUCACCUCCUUCGCCAUGUCGUUGAUCUCGGUAGGGGCCAUCACUGGCCCGCUGAUCGCCGGUGCCCUGACACAUAGUGUCACUUGGAGAUGGUGCUUCUGGAUAUUCCUCCCCCUCGGUGGCGCGGUCAUGGCAGCCACCCUGCCCAUACCAAUCCCCGAACAGUCGGCCAAACCGCCCCUCCGCGAGGCCUUUACCGGUCUGCACAAGAAACUAGACGCCGUUGGGUUCGUCAUAUUCGCCGGCCUCACUACCAUGUUGCUCCUAGCUCUUACCUGGGGAGGCGGGCAACAAUUCGACUGGUCUUCACCCACCAUCAUCGGCCUGCUAUGCGGUGCGGCCGGUCUUACUGCCGUAUUUGCACUCUGGGUCAGGCGUGCUGGUGAUGAUGCCCUGAUUCCGCCGUCAUCUCUCCGCCGACGGGCCGUGUCGGUCGGGAGCGUCGUCAUGUUUCUCCAGGGCGGCGCGACGCAGAUGAUACCGUACUUUCUGCCCUUUUGGUUCCAGGCGAUACACGGGGACUCGCCUCUUGAGAGCGCCAUCCACAUGCUACCAUCCUUGAUAUCCAACAUUAUCGCUCUAAUCACCUUUGGCGCGCUUGUCCGCAGAUUCCACUACAUCCCUCCCUGGGCAAUUGCCGGCAGCGCACUAGCGAGUGUUGGAUCUGGCCUCCUAGCCACGUUUGGCCCGGAAACCACAACAGGCCAGUUUGUCGGCUAUCAAAUCGUCACCACCAUCGGAAGGGGCAUGGCCUUCCAACCUGUGGUCUCAGUCCAAGAAGAAGUCCCCGCCGAGGAGGCCGCGACCGGGCUCGCAGUAGUCAACCUCUUCAUGAACCUUGGGACGGCGGUCGCCAUCUCAGUCAGCCAAACCAUAUUCCAAAGCUACUUGCCCGGUCUACUAGCGGAGUACGCUCCCGAAACGGACGCCGGAUCGGUGCUGCGCGCCGGCGCCACUAAUAUCAGGGAUUUAGUACCGGCCGAUCACCUGCCCGGGUUGUUGGUGGCAUAUAACAAGGCGUUGACGCAGAUGUUUCCCCGCCCCCACUAUGAAAAUGACGGCGGUUCGCCAAAUAUCGAAGGAAUCCGUUUCGACGAUAUGAACCCUGAAUCUCUCUCCAUCCCCUUCCCAACACCCCGCCUCGCCUCAGUAGCCCUCAACGCCAUCGCUGUCGACAAAGAACUCUCCCCGCUCGUCCGCCGCUCCUUCACCCUCGACCGGGCGAAUCCUCCCUCCUCUGGCCCAGCUCAAGACGACCAGGCAAAUGAAUCCGUCUUGAGGGUAGAGUACCGCGCCACCACGAACCGCAUGCUCCGCGUUGCGACGAAUUCCUUCAUGGAGAGCUUGAGUCUUGUGCUCGAGGUCAUGGAGAAGAUGGACGUUGGCGCUCUCGAAGGCACGAAAGGUGCGAAGGAGGAUGGAACCAAGCCCUAA